AUGAUGGUGGUUGGUGGUCCAGAUCUCUUGUUCUGCCUUCUCCUGCUCCUGGCCCCCAGUAGCCCUGAGGGGGGUCGCCCUCAGCGCAGGUUUGAGUAUAAACUCAGCUUCAAAGGACCUAGGAUGGCAAUGCCUGAGGCUGGAAUACCCUUCUGGAGCCAUCACGGAGACGCCAUCCUGGGCCUGGAGGAAGUGCGGCUGGCACCAUCCAUGAGGAACCGGAGAGGCGCUGUGUGGAGUAGGGCCUCUGUCCUCUUCUCUGCCUGGGAGGUGGAGGUGCAGAUGCGGGUGACUGGGCCGGGGCGCCGGGGAGCCCAGGGCAUGGCUGUGUGGUACACCCAGGACAGGGGCCAAGUAGGCUCUGUGCUGGGGGGUCUGGCCUCGUGGGACGGCAUCGGGAUCUUCUUCAACUCCUCAGCCGAGGACACCCAGAGCAGCCCUGCCAUCCGCGUGCUGGCCAGUGACGGGUACACCCGCUAUGAGCAGCUUGGGGACAGAGCCAGCUGGGAGCUGGGCUCCUGUCAUCGGGACUUCCGGAAUCGGCCAUACCCCUUCAGAGCACGGAUCACCUACUGGGGACAGAGGCUGCGAGUGUCCUUGAAUAGCGGCCUCAUUCCGGGUGACCCAGAUGAGGUCUGUGUGGAUGUGGGGCCUGUGCUUUUGGCCCCUGGAGGUUUCUUUGGGGUCUCAGCAGCUACCAGCAUCCUGGCAGAUGACCACGAUGUCUUGUCCUUCCUGACCUUCAGUCUGAGUGAGCCAGGUCCAGAGGUUCCCCCUCAGCCCUUCCUGCAGAGGGAACAGCUCCGCCUGGCAAGGCAGUUGGAAAAGCUGCAGGCAAGGCUGGCCCUGGACACUAGGGAGGACAUAAUUCCAAAGCCAAAGUCUGAAGCCCAGGAAGAGGGGGGAAGGCUCCUUGACCUGGAGGAGAUGCUGGGCAGACACAGUCAGAUCCUUCAGGCUCUCCAGGGUCUCUCCAAGCAGUUGGCCCAGGCUGAGAGGCAAUGGGAGGAGCAGCUGGGGUCCCUAGGCCAGGCCAGGCCUGAAGGAAGCUGGGCCCUGCACCUCUCCUGCCAGAUUCCAUCCCUUCCAGAGAGGGGCAACUACCUCCAAAUGCUGGCCCUCCUGCAGGACUCUGCCAAGGUCAGUGCCCUGCUCUGUGGACAGCGGACUCUGCUCCAGACUCUGCAGGAGAUGAGGGAUGCAGCUGCCCACAUGGCCUCAGGAGCACAGGUCUUCUACCUGCCUGUGGGCACCCAGCAUCAUUUCUUAGAGCUGGACCAGAUCCUGAGCCUCCUGCAGAAGGACCUGCGGGGACUGGUGAAAGCAGCAGCCAAGGCACCCCGCCCACCUGGCCGGUCCCUAGGGGCCUUGUCGUGCCUGCACCCCGGGAUCUUUCUGUCCUUCCUCCUCAUCCAGACUGUAGGCUUCUUCUGCUACCUGCACUUCAGGCAGGAGCUGGACAAAAGCCCUCACGACUGUUUGUCCAUAGGCAGCCUUCCUCUGGGUCCUGCACCACACAUCCCUGGGGCCCUGGGGGCUGUGAGGAGGCAGCCCCUCUCCCCCAGCAUGCAUGCCUGA